AGUUCACAAUCCUUGGGCCAACAGAUAAACCCCUCUCUUUAAAAUAGCAACGGUUGGCCCCUAAGUGAAAAGUUCAACAUGGCUGCCAGUAAUUUUGCUCGAGAGCAGCUCGAAAAACACGGGUGGAAAGAAGGAAGUGGCCUUGGAAGACAUGAACAUGGCAGACCUGACCCUAUCAAGGUCAAGUUAAAAAUGGACACGGCAGGGGUGGGGCAUAACCUUAGCGACCAGUUCACCUUUAAUUGGUGGGAACAUGCCUUCAACAAAGCUGCCAAUAACAUCACUGUGGAAAGUUCAGAGUCUGGAGUGAGUGUGAAGAAAACAACAGACCAAGAGUUAAAACUCAGCACCAGUGAAAGUGUCAUGACUGGCAAGUAUGACAGCAAAGCCAUGCUGUAUGGAAGUUUUGUCAAGGGAGCCACACUAACCAAUGGCAUUCUAGAUGACAAAGAGGAUGACAGCCAAUCAGACGACAGCUCUGAUGAGGAAGACAGGGACUCGGUUUCAAAGUUGACAGAUGAAGAAUUGUUCAAGGCUUGUGGAGGAAGGACAGCUCACAAGGCUGCUCGUCAUGGACACAAGUUGAACGGAAAACUCCAAAGGAUACAAGAACAAGAAAGAGAACUGCUGAAAAAGUACCUGGCCAAAAAGGAAAGCAGGACAGCGUAUCAGGAAGAAGAUACCAGCAGCAGUAGCAGUAACCUUUCAACCAACCAGGGUGAUUCUAACAUCCAGGUCAAACCUUCCUCAUCAGAGUGUGAAGAAGUGAAAGAAAGAGGAGAAAAGAAAAAGAAGAAAAGAAAGAAGGAUAGAGAAGUCUCUACUGAUGACAAGAAGUUGAAAAAGAAGGAGGAGAAUGAGGAAGGAAUGGUAGACUUAGAAAAUGAUGAACCUUGUACUAUAGCAUGUGAAAAUUCUAACAGAAGGAAGUCCAGCAAAAAGAGGAAAAGGAAAGACAGAAAUGAUGAAUCAGAUCCUGUAGUUAUAGCUGAUGAUGUAGAAAAUGAAAAAAAGGCAAAGAAAAGUAAAAAGAAGAAGAAGGGGAAGAAAUUAUGUGUAGAAGGGUUAGAUUGACAAUACAUUAAUGAUUUAUCAAGCAUUUCUGACAUUUAGUAUUUGAUUCAAUGUAAUAUAUACAUCAUUCCAUGUGCAAAUGAUGAAUUCAAUAAUUCAGUUUACAUUGAAUGUAACCAUGUGCAUGUUUUUGUACAAUAGACAAUUCAAUAAACUUAACAGCAUUUCAAGCUAUGAAGAGCGAGAAAGGAAUC